CCUCGAUUCAAACCACCAAGCGCAAAUACAACAACCUGUAGCAACUAUGCACACCCACGCCAUCUCAAAGGUUUCCGGUCUCCUCCUCACCUACCUCACCUUCUCCAGCUUCAUCGAAGCUUUGGUAAUCCGCGAUACUGCUGCCGAGCUCUCCGCUGAUGGCGUCUCUGCCAUUUCUAUCAGCAAUGCUGGACAGGUCGACUGUGGCCCAGUUGGUGAAUACACUUGUUCUGCGUCCAACACCACCAUCGCCAGUAACAUCCUUUCCCCAAGUCAUCUCCUUCUACGCAUUGCCACCACCAGGAUGCGAAAUAUUAACAGAGGUUAAUCAUGCUAAUAAGUUAAUAACAAUGCUCUAGGUCCUCUGCGAUGGCAGUCAUCACGCUGUCAAUGUGGCCUACUGUGGUUCAAAUCAGCGUUGCAAAUACAUUGGAACCGUUCCCUACUGCCUUUGAGUACGGUUUCGUCUCAUGGAACCUUUAUCAUGGUCAAUUGACCGUCAAUCUUGAGGAUUGAGGAUGAUGACAAGGGUCAAGUUCACUUCAGUAUGGGUUUCGUGUCGUUGAUUGUUGAAUGAUGGUCGUGCGUG